CGGAUCAGGUAGGUUUACGAUUGAGAUGAGUAAAGGUAGAAAUUUGGAUGAUGUUUGGAUUGUGAUAAAAUAUUUCAUUAGUUUUACCAAAUUACGUCUACUUCGCAAGGAAAUGUCUAAAAGGGGUAGCAAACGGACAGUCAUUUGUAUCUCGUCGUCGUCGGACGACGACAUUUUCUGUGGCGACGACGAAGAGGAAUCGGUGGAGUAUGAUGAUGAAGACGAUGGCGUAGGGGAUUCGGAAGAGGAGUUCCAUGACGAAGACGAUGGCGAUGUGAAUUCGGAAGAGGACGAUGACGAAGGGGAAUCGGGAGAAGAGUUUGAUGAUGAAGAGAGUGACAAUGGUUGCGAUGAAGGUGUUCUAUCCAAGCGAGUCAUCCGCUUCCUUAAAGAGAACAAAAAUUUGGAUUCGUUAACACUUAAUGAUUGCAAAGCUUAUUUACGGGAGAAUAGGCUGAGAAUAGCGGGGACUAAAGCCGUAUGUAUUCAAAGAGUCAAGGAACAUUGGAGGUUGAAAGAUGGAAAUGGUGAAGUUCAAUAUCCAAGGUCAUCCUUCGUUGUCAAUUGUACUGGUGAUGUUUGUAGGGGGGAUACUGUUCUGUUCACUCAGAAAGUUUAUGCAAAGUUUGAUAAAGUAACUAGGCAUGGAGGGCUCAUAGGGAAGAGAACUGUAGCAGGGAGGGUAGUAAAGGAGAGCUAUGGUGCAAGCAAACAGCAGCAUACUUUUACUGUUGAAGUUUUGUGGAUCAGGGGAGUUAGGAAAUUACCUCCCCUUUAUCCUCUGCUUGUUAAGGGUCGAAAUCUCUAUAAACUAAGGACUUUCAGACGGCUUUGGAAUGAUGAAGCUGAAAGAGUUCAAGUUCUUGCCGAGAAGCACAGAAGAGGCGCGGCUGCUCGGGAUUUACGAGCAAUGCAGAAAAAGAAAAGAAAAAUUAUUCAAACCAAAGGAUGUGCAAAGAAUCAAGGACAUGUUCAUCUUGCAAGACAGCCUCUUAAGAGUAAAGAGAAGCGCCAAAGGAUGCCAUCAAGGGACAAUAACAAUGCUGUACGUAGACAUUCAACAUAUCCCCCUAUUAGAUUUUGAAUUUGAAGUUCAUUCUAACGUCCUUGUUAUGUGAAGAGAAGAUAGGGACGGUCCUGGUUACCUCCACGUUCCACACGUGACACGGGCUAAAUGAAAUGGUAAAAGAGAGAAGAGCAAAUGGAAUAACAAUAUGGGGUAAAGAAGGGGAUGGUUGACAUUCAUCAAUGAUCAAUUCUUUUAGAAUAUUAUGUUACAGAUGAGGAAAAUAGAAUUCAAACCUAAUAUCCACUAGAAACAUUAGUAUUCGAGUUCAAGCUGUGUUCAAAUCAGCAUGAUUACAAUAGUAGAAAAGUUUGUAAAUGUCAUCAACCUUUCUCUGACCAAUGGUACAAUCCCUGACCAAUUUGGGAUUA